AUGCAACGAAAAGGACCAGGGGGACCUCGUCUCCCAGGGAAACGAAAAAGUGAAGGCAAAGGCAGACUUGUGCGACGAACUAUAUCAGUGCACAGCAGGAAUUUCCGAUUUUUUGCAGCGCCUUUGUUGGUUAUUUUUGUAUUCGUUCGUUCUUUAGCCUAUCAGUUUUUCCUGGCCGUUGUUUUGAUCAGUCGGUACAGCAGACGAGUGGUGACACUGAGAUCUAUACGUGAGUCACCCGGUGCCGUUGAAACGACAAAUACAAUGUCUGGUAACGCGAAAGGAAAGGCUGCUGUAGGUCCUGCAGAACCAGCUUUGGCGAAUCAGAAGAAACAUCACAGGAAGGCUUUUGAGUUUAUAUCGAAGGCCUUAAAAAUUGAUGAAGAAGAUGGAGUGAGGAAAGACAUUGCUGUUGCACUCUACAAAAAGGGAAUAGAAGAGUUAGAAAAGGGAAUAGCUAUUGAAGUUAGGGGUGAAGGAGACACUUAUGAACGUGCAAGAAGGUUGAAAGAUAAAAUGGAAACCAAUUUAGGAAUGGUUAAAGAUCGACUGGAAAUACUAGUUUCACAGAAGCCAAACAAAUCGAAACCCAUCCCCAUUUCUGUGAACAGAAGCAACACUGGUGGGGGUGCUGUGUCUCCUAGAAGUGGCCCAGGAAGCAAAGAGAGGAAGUACUCCACCUCAUCAAGUCCAGGCUCCUCCCCUGUCUCCAGGAGAAGGCCAACACACUAUAGACAAGCCUCACAGUCUGAUAUUAGUAAUGUGUCAAGCAAAAGAGACAUUUCCAAUAUCAAAUUGAAGAAUGUGGACAAGAAACUGGCAGAUGUUAUUCUCGGUGAAAUCGUAGACCAAGGACAGGAUGUGACCUUCAGUGAAAUAGCUGGCCAAGAGACUGCUAAACAAGCAUUGCAAGAAAUUGUGAUACUACCAGCUCUUAGGCCUGAAUUAUUCACAGGCCUACGAGCUCCUGCGAGAGGGCUUCUACUCUUUGGUCCACCUGGGAAUGGCAAAACUUUGCUGGCAAAAGCAGUUGCCAAUGAAUCAAAGUCUGUCUUUUUUAAUAUAAGUGCUUCAAGUUUGACAUCAAAAUGGGUUGGUGAAGGAGAGAAACUUGUCAGGACCUUGUUUGUAGCUGCAAGACAACUUCAACCUUCAAUUAUAUUUAUAGAUGAAAUUGAUUCUUUGUUGUGUGAGAGACGUGAAGGAGAACAUGAUGCUAGUCGGAGGCUUAAAACAGAAUUUCUUGUACAAUUUGAUGGUGUUUGCAGCAGUGCAGAAGAUAGGAUUUUAGUAAUGGGUGCUACUAACAGGCCUCAGGAACUUGAUGAUGCUGUGUUAAGACGGUUUCCUAAAAGGGUGUAUGUAACUAUGCCUGAUGUGCAGACAAGAAAGUUGAUGCUGUCUCAUCUUUUGUCCAAGCAGAGUUGCCAGAUAACUCCUAAAGAACUUGAUGUUUUAGCCAAGCAGACGGAAGGUUACUCUGGGAGUGAUUUGAAUGCUUUGGCAAAGGAUGCAGCUCUGGGACCUAUACGAGAGUUGAGUAUUUCCGAAGUCAAAGCUAUGGAUGCAAACCGGGUACGCCCAAUCAACAUUAAUGACUUCAGAGAAUCACUGAAAAAGAUUAGACGCAGUGUUCCUUUGGAUACUAUAGCACGCUAUGAGGAAUGGAACCGUGAAUAUGGGGACAUAACCACAUGA